AUGCUCUAGAGAUCGAAGGCCUUGUGGCUGCUAGCGGACUAAGUCUUUUGAUCGCAUGUUCCCUAAAUACGGGCGAUCAAGGACUAAUGUCUGCUUUUGUGGAACGCUAACAUAUGGAAACUAGUAGUUUCCAUUUGCCUGUCAAAGAGGUGACUAUCACCUUGGAUGAUGUGGUGUCGUUGCUACAUUUGCUUAUCGUAGGGGCUUUCCACAGCUUCAAGCAACUUCAUGUCAACGACACUAUCGAUAUGUUGGUGGAAUUACUCGAGGUCAGCACUGCAGAGGUGAGAAUGGAGACGAUUCAAUGCUAUGGAUCUUAUGUUCGACUAUUGUGGCUACGAGACGUGUAUCAAAAGAAAAUUGACGCAUGUCACUAGAUUGUACCAACGCGAGCGUAUUUGUUGCAUCUGCUUGGAUGCACACUAUUUGAUAACAAGAGUGUCACACACAUGCACGUGGUAUUCUUGGAUGUACUGCGUGACUUGACGCAGAAUGGGACUUACGCUUGGGGCACUGCUGCACUUGUGCACAUGUAUGAUAAUUUAAAUGAGGCGUCAAAGAGCACGGUGAGGCAGCUUGCAGGAUAUAUCACUCCAUUACAGUGUUGGAUCUACGAGCAUUUCUCAUUCGUUGGUUCCACCCUAGCUACCAAGGAUUAUGAUGAAAGGAGACCGCGUGCAUGCCAAUGGACCUCGUGCAAGGCGCUGCCUGUGUCGACGUAUCGUAGGCGUUUGGAUAGACUGACCCCUGAUGUAGUGGGAUGGAUUCCAUAUGGUGACCACCAUUCAUUUAGAGAAUUUGAGGUCAUCUCGUUGCUUUUCGGCCAUCUCAAAUGGGGUCCUUUGACAAUCAUUCACCAACCGGAGAGGAUUGUAUGAUAGUUUGGAUAAGUCCAGACUAUUCCACCACAUCAUACUACGCCUUCGGUUUCUGUUGAAGAAAUGGAUGAUAGAUGGAUGCAGUUCGGUGACUACAUUGCACCUGUAAGGCAAAUCUAUGCAGUGCUUGUAACACCCUGAAAUAUUAUU